AUGGUCAUGCGAAGGACGAAAUUCCCCGAUCUUCCGGGAUCCAGCCCAUCGGAUCUGCCCUCGAUACACUCGUCCAAGGAAGAUCAGCGACGGGCGCGCAAUCGACAGGCACAGCGCAAUCACCGUAAAUCCGUGAGAGAGAAGUUGCAGGAGUACGAACGACUCCGAGGGGAAAACCAAGUCGGUGACAAGAAUCCUGUGGAUGGGUCGGAGCAAGGAUCUGAGCACGCCGUACAUCCGACAUCGACACUGCCCACGCCGCCUGUUAAUCAGGAGUAUAAUGAGCCCAAAACGGAUCUCGGAUCCUCCGUCAAUCUAGAGCCAACGAUCCAUCUCCUCGAAGCUGAAGGGCCCUUGCUAUCAGUGGACGAUCUAGACCCGCUCAACUGGGAGUGGAGCUAUCUCUCACCGGAGUGUCAGAUGCCACAUAAAGAUACAAACCAAUAUCAAAAUCCACCAACUCAUAGUAUCGACUCCAGAGCACUCUCGGAACAGUCAUUGGAGGUACCGGGCAGAACACUUCUGCAUCAAGCGGUACUCCAUGAUAACGUGGGCAUGAUCUCUGCUUUGCUGGAACACGGGGCGAAUGUGAUGGCGCAGGACGGCGAUGGCUUCACCCCUCUCCAUUUAGCCGUUUUUCGAGGAAACGAGCAAUCGACCAGCAUCCUGCUGGGGAAUGGUGCUGCAGCGAGUGUUUGCGUCCCUUCGGGGGCCGGUUUGACGCCAAUCCAUUUAGCUGUACAGAAUGGACACGUUCCAUUAGUGCAGCUAUUGAUCAAACAUGGAGCAGAUGUGAAUGCUCGGUUUUGA